AACUUUACAUUCUCAUAAGUUCAUCCCGUGUAACCACUAAUAAACUUUGCCUGGACUUACGACGUCCUCUCAGAAGAGACAUCCGAGAGCAAAGGGUUAAUUUCAAUGGUCCAAAGUUACCACGAAUCGAUCAGCGGCUCGGUCGACCGGGAUUCGAGUAGAUCGUCGUAACAGAGCCGUCGGUCGGUGGCGGGGCACCAAGGUAUGUAUGCGCGACGUAAGUCCAGCCGCUUAAUUAAGCGUGCGCGAGUGUACGCGACCCUCUCCCCAUCCCACCCCCGUUCGCGUGGGGUAGAAAAAAGAUCAAUAAAAUCCCUAGUCUACGGGCGACCGCAUUCAUCGGCCACCCCAUUUCUACAACAUAUUUUGCAACCUCACCCCAAAGCAAGCCGGGUUUGCCUGGUCCCCCACCAUCGCGAGCAGGACGGACCUCCCUCUUCGGCAGCCCCACGUGCUCGUUUCACCCCCACCGGGUUCGCGGUCACCCCGUAGGGGUGGUGGAGGCCCGUAGCCGAGAACCAGUUUGCCAGACCACCACUAGGUGGCGAUAGAACGCGAGGAAGGGAGUCGAGUCGCGAUUGAACACGAGGGAGACCGAAUGCUCGCGUAGUGGGAGGAAAAGAGAAGGCCUUCGCGUAUGGCUACCCCUACCCCCGCUGGCUUCUCUCCAUCGAGCAACUGGAGGUUCUCAUCAGGCUGUCAGUUAGUGCCGUGGCGCCGUGACGGUACGGUGUUGUUGGUUGGUACGUCGCUUUUCGACCGAUCGUUUGCCUCGCGAAACGUGUGUCUCACAUCCGAUGGGGACCUUGCUCCGAACGGACCGAUCGUGUCGCGAAAGACCCAUCCUAAAGCAGAGAUAAUCAGUGAUUUUUUAUUAAUUAUUUUUUUUUUUUUGGAGUGACUAAAGAAGUGUGAUUUUUUUUUUUUUAUUUCUCGGAAGGAUACGAUUUUUUUUCCACGAGGACAAUCGCGUAGUUCGUAGACCAUAGUGCGCUUGUAUAUGUAUAACGUGCGAGGUGUACCACCAGCGAAGUGAGCUCGAAUUUUCAUCGAGAUCGCCAGAAAAGGCGGGAAGAGAGAGCCCGACUGUGAUCGAUGAUUUCUUACGUGCUGUUCGGUGUGUGUGAGUUCUACGCCUGAUCGACGUCGGUGCAGUAAGCGGUGCUACAAAUAAGGUGAGUCACAAAACAUCAUACACGAAGCAGAAAUUUCUCGUUAUAGAAGCGGUUAUGAGAGUUCGAUGACCAGUGGCUAGCGGACCAUCCAUCGACGCCACCAUGGACUACCUGCAGACGUGCCUCAUCUUCUACCUAUUGAACCUCUGUUUCUCCGGAGGACGAUCUAUAGACAUAUCACAAUGCAUCGCACCCCUGGGGAUGGAAUCUGGUGUGAUUCCCGAUGCAGACAUCACAGCGAGCUCGAGUUUCGAUAGCGGAAACGUCGGGCCACAUCACGGACGGCUGAGGCAAGAGAGCCACGGAGGAGCCUGGUGCCCGAAGCAGCAGAUCACGACGGAGCCACGCGAGUGGCUGGAAAUCGAUCUUCACACGGUCCACAUGAUCACCGCCACAGGCACUCAAGGCCGGUUUGGUAACGGCCAAGGUGUCGAAUAUUCGGAAGCUUACAUGCUGGAGUAUUGGAGACCGAAGCUGGGAAAGUGGGUCCGAUACAGGGACGUGAGGGGCGAGGAAGUGAUCAAGGGGAACACGAACACCUACCUGGAGUCGAAGCACGAAUUGGAGCCGCCGAUGUGGGCGAGCAAGGUUCGUUUCCUGCCGUACAGCUACCAUCGGCGAACCGUUUGCAUGCGCGUGGAACUGUACGGUUGCCCUUGGAACGACGGAAUCGUGUCGUACUCGAUGCCACAGGGCGACAAACGCGGCAAUUGGGAGUUCUUCGACGCUACUUACGACGGAUACUGGGACGGCCAGCUUCUACGUGGCCUGGGACAACUGACGGAUGGCAAGAUCGGACCGGAUAACUUCAAGAUGGGUUAUUACGAUUACGACAGGGGUCAGGGCUGGGUCGGCUGGAGAAACGACACCAGGUCCGGUCAUCCGCUCGAGAUCAAGUUCGAGUUCGACCACGUCAGAGAGUUCUCCGCUGUGCACAUUUACUGCAACAACCAGUUCACCAAAGAUGUUCAGGUGUUCUCCGAAGCGAGUAUAAUGUUCAGCGUCGGUGGUCGCUACUACACCGGCGACCCGAUCGUGUACUCGUACAUGGAGGACAGGAUCUUCGAGCACUCGAGGAACAUCUCGAUCAAGCUGCACCAUCGCAUCGGCAAGUUCGUCAAGCUGAGACUGAGCUUUGCCUCUCGUUGGAUCAUGAUCAGCGAGGUCACCUUCGACUCUGACGUCGCUCACGGCAACUUCACCCCGGAAGCGCCCCCCACGACCGAGGCGCCGAGAUUCCGGGAUCCAAUCUCGGCGCGUGACAAUCCACUUCAGGCCGAAGUGCCAGUGGCGAAGCAGGACGAUCCGACUUACAUGGCCGUGAUCAUCGGGGUCCUGACGGCUGUGAUCCUCCUAUUGGCCGUCGCGAUCUUCCUGAUCGUCUCGCGGCACAGACAACGAAAGAACUUCGCCAGCCCCUUGGGCGCCAAGAGCGCCAUUCCUUCUAGCAAUCAUCAGCACCUGUCCCCAGAGUCUGCGUACGGCACCACGGAGAAGGACCCUUCGUUGAUGACCUACAGAGUCGAGGAUCUCGACGAUCGGUACGCGGGAACCAAGUUGACGACGCUGCCCCGCGAUCUAAACGAUCGUCUGCUGGGCGACGUUCGAUUGGACGAAUACCAGGAACCCUUCCACGAGAACAAGUACCGGGAACCACCUCACGCCGCUUAUUACGGUUAUAGUACCGUGGUUAUAGACAACAAGGACCUUCACGACAACGUCGAGCAGUCUGAUGCCACUUACGAUUACGCAGUACCAAUGCCCGUGCCUAGUGUAAGUAGCGACCAGGACAGCGUAUUCUCGAAGUCUUCAUCAAGGGGUAGCGCGAAAGCGUGCUUGCAGAGCUUUUUCCCUCCGCCGCCGCCUCCCAUGAGCGCGCCACCCCCACGAGGUUCCAGCAAUCUGACGUACUCGAAUCCUCCAAGCCCGGAGCCAGUCUGCGAGCGCGAUCGCAGAGGAAGCAAACGUCGCGAACACUCGUUGCACAGAUACGCGUAAGGAUCUCAGCAACCUGCAGAGCGCACGCCGCUGGAUCAAAGGUACGACAGAACAUCGUACUUGACGUAGAGAGAUCACGCGGUUGAUCCAACCCUUCAGCAUCCACGGGGUCCCUCAUAAAUCAUCGCGCGUUCCCACUCCAUUCUAUCAGACCACGGGAGUUCUCAGCGUCCGCAUCGAGUCACGAUUUCGAUUUGUACAUAAUCAAGCUCUAAUCAUCGAAUAAGCUUGGAACGAUCGGUUCCACGCGUUCUUUACGAAUCCGCAAAAGUAGCUGUGGAUGCUGAAGAUGUAGCGAUAACGUACGCGCUGUUAGCGUCGACACGAAAAAGAAGAGAAGAAAACGACACGGGAGAUCGAAUCGACUGCAGGCGAGUUGUAAACUGCUUGGAAAUUUCAGGGCACACUGAUCAGAGGCGAGGGACAUUCUCUGAUAACGAACGAAAGAUCAGCGCACUUCUGACUCCUUCGUGCCUGUAUCUUGAUGUAAACCAGUUUCACACAAUUCGUACUAAAAUUGUGCGUGAAAUUGUGUGCUUCUUAAAGAAUUAUAAUUGCAUUUCUUACGAAUUUGCUUUCCAAACAGACUGAUUGAAUAUUUAAGAAAUAUAAUCACUGCAGCAAUGCACGAGCACAAAGGAGUCGAUGCGUUCUCCAUGCUGAAUUACAUUUCACGUUGAACGAAUGAAAGCUUAUCUGCGUAAGUGUCCCAGCGAAUGAACGCUGCGAAUGAAUCAUUAUGCAGAGUUUUCAUUCAUCCUUCGUUCGAAUCAGACACUGCCCGUCUCUGCAACCAAAUUAACCGAGAGUUCAAUGGAGCCUCGACGCAGUCGAUUUCAUUGCGAUCUUUCUCGACGAGCACUGCCAUUGGCGCACUUUCUGACCAUACUAUAUACUCAUUAGUAGGUGUACCUCGAGUCUCGUGCUCGAGAGGACUUAACCUACUUCCCGUAGGUAGGCGAACGUGUAACCGGAGUUGUAACUACAAUUGGCAUAUCAGUUUAACGACAACGCGCGAUAGCUGCGACGACUCUUCUGGAAAUUCGAUUCUCGAAGCGUUCGCGAAGCCAACUGCGAUUCUUGUUAUCGACUCUUCGCAAUCUUUUGCUACUAUUAACUAUUUUCUGCCAUUUCUAAGGAGCACGGGGUGGACGCUUCCACAAACGAGGAAAUUAGUCGGAAAAAUUUACAUAAAAUGAACACUCAUAUACGUUGCCUGCAAGAAAAUUUCUCUAAUUUCCUCGUUUAUUUAUAAUAGACGUUGAAACCACAAAAAGUGUUCGUAUAGUUUACGUAAAAGGGCAUGCAACUUUCUCCUUUUAUUCGACUUGCAGCCUUCAUUUGAAAGCAAAAUACUGUAUGGUAAUAACGCGAGCACCCUGUACAUCUUUCACUGCUUUUUCCCCCGAGAUACGUGAAAAAGUUAUUUCAACUCUCUCUUAAAUUCCAAGCUACGGGUGAGUUACAGGUUUCUCGAGCUCCGCCCCGGAGGAUCCGCCUAAAAAAAGAGUCAUAUUUUUCGUUGAUACAACGCACAGACAGUCGCACGUACACGCGUGCAUAUAGACAUCCAAACAGUGCUCGCGUGCUGCGAACGUUUUUCCGCUCGGUGCAACAUUUCUUCCGCGCCGCGUGACCGCGCCGACAAAAAGCAAACGCAGCUUCGUUAGCGCGGAGUUCCGCGAAGGAAUUGUCAUUCGCGGUUCUUUUCGCGUUUCCGCGUUCCGUCGCUGCGGAAAAAUGCGCCGUGCGCGAUAAGGUAACCGCGGGCACCGACCAGAGAUAGGCAAAGUUUUAGUCGAUCCGUAAAUAACGAAUAAAACGUGGAGCGAUCUAUUCUUCCGACCUACCAGUUCAAUUUUUAGCUGUUCAUUGUGAAAUAUUGGUAACGGAUAUACGUUUUAUUCAUUAUUGGAACGAGUGAUGAGUAAAAGCGAUAUGCAGUAACUCAUUCCAAACGUUCUUUCAAUCGAAUUGAAUUCGUGUUUGUUCAUUGUGAAGUAUUUUAUUGUAUAAUGGAUUAAAUUGAAAUUUUUAUUUAACGAGUCACAGAUAGAUGCUCUUUUAAUCGGAUGAUAAAUAACUUGUGAAACCUGUUUGUAUUUAUUUGUGAUUCAUUUCCAAUUGAACACUUAAAUUUUUAAUUAUUCAGUCCAGGAUGCUAUAUUCUAUCAUUCGAAUUCUAACUUCAUUUUCACUUGAAUAGAAAUCUUCUAUCUUGAUCAGAGUCUUGACCAUUUCUGGCACCAAUCAUCAACCGCGGAUUUCCAGAAGCAGUUCCGCGGGUUUAACGGUUUUGUCUGUUCGACGCGCAUGAGCUACCGGAUCGAGCUCGCUAUCGAUCCGAAUGAGACGAACGAUAAAAUUGAACGAAACGAAAUGAACAAAUGAAACAGCUUUUUUUAAUAAGAAUGGUUUACGUUUAACUAAAAUUGUGGGAAGCGUCGAUCGCUGGAUCGCCGUCGAUUACUGGCACGUUUAUCCUAAUUGCCGUUAAUUGGCGUCUUGAUGGGCGGACGUUUCGAGUUUGGCGGCGUGUUCCGAACGUCAGUCUAUCGUCGCGAGCCAAGCGUGAAAAAGAAAAGAAAUUGACGCGUGAUCGGCGGUGCUGGUAUCGAGCGUUCCCGUGUAGAAAAAGUUGGAGUCUAAAAGAUUCGCGAGGAGGACGAACGUGAACUUUAGCGAGCUUCGAUCCAGCUUCACACAAGACUGACGUCAAGUAAAUAAUUGAGUAUCCCGAGCGUGCAGACUGCGUACACUAUGCGCACGCGUGCACGUAUUCGUCGUAUUAUUUAUUAUUGCAGCAUAUAGCGCCCCUAACGAAUCUUUAAUUUAUAUACAUAUAUACAUACACGCGUAUAUAUGCGAUAUACACGAGAAGAAAUAUAUAUAUAUAUAUAUAAAUAUAAAUAGAUAUAUAUACGAAAAAAAUUGGUAAGACGUAAUAUCGGCGGAUUUUAAGCAUAUAAUAACGAUAUAUACAUAUAUAUAUAUCGUAUAAGCCCGACUUUAUUUCUCUAUUCACUUACCGACAUCGCCUUCAUGCAACGAGGAAAAUCGAGAGAUUAACCGACGUAAGGAAUCGACAAUACAGGGAUGAGACAACAAUAAUUAAAUACUUGUGUACGUAAAAGCGGGAAAAUUGUUGCGAGGAGUAAGUAAAUAAAUCGUGUACGGCGCGAACGAAGGAAAAACCGACCACAUUGUGAUAUAUUAAGAAAAUUAAUAAUAAUAAAGUAAAGCGAGAGGAACGGGAACCAGCUCGACAGCGACGAGCGAACGGGUGAACCGUAGACUUUCGUUGAACUUCUCGUGAAGAACGUGUUCCCUGUAUAUUCCGUUCGCCAUGCUUAAGCGACAAUCUAUUAUACGGUAACUCCUAGCAAGUUGUAACUCGCGAGGGAAAGAGACGAAACUUUAUACCAUUCACAAACACUGAUUUAUUUUGCUGAAAUGUUUUUCUUUCGAUCCAGAUACUAUAAAUAACGCGCGAACUGGACUGCGCAACUUUAACGAUACUUUUUGAUCGAUUAUAAGAAAAAUAUACGCAAGUUCAAGAACUCAUAACUUCUUUUGCAGCCUGCGAGGAGCUACCGUGCCUAGCAUCCAUCGUUCCGAUCCCACGAAAAGUAUCUCCAGGCUAUGAUUCGGUUCGUUUAAUUUCCUCGAAAGUCUAGAACCGUUCCAGGAAAAGUUCCUACAGCGCACUACGGGUACCCGUUCCUCGUCGAACAGGAGGAAACCACGCGUAGCAUCUACAACGAUCGGAACUUAACUAUGUAUAUUUAGUGUUUAAUCGUCGAUAUCGUCGCCACCGUAGAAUGUUAAAGUAAACCGUAAGAGUGACAGCUUCGAGUGCUUCGAGUGUAAAUAUAACCGUUAGGGACCUCGUGACACGUACACAUACUCUCUCACACACACACACACCUUUCAAGCGCCUUAAGUUGGGGGGCACCGAGCAAAUAACUUCGUCGCAAUAAUAAUCGUCGUUUACUUUAUCUUCCUUUUCGUUUAUCAUUUUUAAAGAUGUAAGGGAGAACAAGAACGAAGGGGGGGAGGGGAGAAAUAUCACGGUACAAGCGACUAUCGUCGUAAAUAAUUCAGCGGCGGACUGAUAAGAGAACGAAUGCUUCAAGGCUCUUUGGAACGAUUCUCGACGAUCGACUGGGACGUGUCCGGUGCGUCCAUGUUCCUACGGUUGGAUCCAAAUUAAUUCGCUGCUCGAGGUCGUUCGAAGAUUAUCUCCACCCUGAUAGAGAGUUAAACGUUAGAUCUUUUCCGAAAUACGAAGUCGAAACCUAACCCUUUGCGUUCCUAUGUCAAGUGAGGCGCGACAAAAAUGUAUUAAAAUCAGAAAAUAUGGACUGCGAAUGGUUAAAAUUAAUAAUAUCUCGAGUCUCGUAAUAACCAUCCUCUAAUCCAAACGCAGAGAAGUAUCCAUAAAUUGUCCCGGUUCCCAUCCGAUUGUGCUUUACUGUGAAAAACAUGAACGUGUUACAAAAGAGAACAAAACAAACGCACGUUCGUGUUUCGUGUAGACAAGUGCAAUCUGAUAAGACCCUGUGUAGUCUAUAUGAAAAAAUGUCCAAACGUUAUCACGCGUAUAAUUUGCAUACGUUGCCUAUAAGACAGUAAACCGAUAUUGGAAUUUCGAUUCUUAUUAAUUCGCUUCCCUCUGAGACUGAUAUGUAUUCGAAGAGAGUAGAAGUUCGCCUAGUGUGAAAGUGGGACUCGCGAAAAGGUGGCCUCGAGCGGCGAAACGUGUUUGAUCCGACUUCGGUCGAGCCGUUCGAGUUUCGCGGCACCGAUGACAGCCGCUACGCGAUCGCGAACAGAAGAACCCAAGGUAGAUACUUAUCGCGCGGCGCAAUUUUUCACCGAACUUCUGCAAUAACACCGGGCACCGAGCAUUAAGUACCUUGAACUUCUUGCACUUCCAGUACCUAGGCAGUUCGCUCCUGGCAAUAAUCGUCAAUUUAUCUUAAGCGUGCAGAGAGGCGGCAGGGAGCGACGUUCACGCGCAGACUAUACGUUAAGGAAGAAUUAAAUCAAUAACCGGCGGGGGUGCGAGAGAAUCCGAGGGGUUAGAUUGUAAUAAAAAGAACGGAAAGAAAAAAAAGAAGCGGGAGAGGAUCGUUAAGGCGGAGCUCCUCUCCUCCGCGACGGAGAGGUAGAUAAAGAUGACGAAGGAAGGUACUUUCGUGCCUGCUCACAGCGUACUUCUUAGGAUACUUUAUGGUUCCUUUGUGCAGCCGGGGCUGCACGCUGCCGACACGUCAAUGACAUCGGUGCCGAGUGUGCACCGAGAUCACGGCGAUAUCGCACGGUCGUUCUAAAUCGUUCCCGCGACUUGAGCGCUUAUUCCAUCGAUUAACACUAAAUUCUGUGGCUAUGACCUCGUUCGCAAUUUUCGGCUUGCCUAGCUAGUAUUUCUAAGGUCUCGUGUUUCCAUAACUGCUCGCGAGGAAGUUGUGGCAGUCGGGUUUUUGAUGUCUACGAUUCAUCCAGGGGUGUUCGACCUCCUAAAACCAGUCGAUGCUCGCGGCCCGCGACUCCCUUCGCGGAUACAGCGUCAACGAUUACCAUACCCCGACGACUUCUGUUUCCUGGCGCGCCCUUUAUGAGCCCGGUAAUUUUUCUUCCCGCCGCGACGUCGUUCUCGAUGCGGGAAGAUACGCGAACACGGUCCACCGAUAUCGGCGAGAUAGGACACGAUCGGUUCUGCAUCGGUACGCACGAUACAGAAAACACGGGGCUAGGAGCGCGGCAACCGAGGGAACUUCCCGCGUAUAAAUCACCCGUUACAACCCUUUUUCAAUCCGACAUGAGAAAUGCGGGAAGAAGCCCGACGAUAGUGGCGGGACGUCUGGGACGGGUGUGCGGGGGGAAAACUGGCCCAUCUUUUAUUCGACGUCGACGUACGAGUGCGUGCGCGUACACGAGAGAGGGGAAAGGGAUAAAAAAAAAAGAAAAAGGGGGAUGAGCAGAAGUGCCGUUUGAUCGACCGGCCCUCCAGGCUGCAUUAUGCACGCGUGUGCACCACUCACACGCGUGCAUCGCCUACGCGGGAUCGUCCGGAAAAAUUUCAUGCAGCUCUCUUGCGUUGAUUGCGCGAGCACGUUUGAGCUUCGGGACAAACUUGAAUUUACGAGCGAGCGGGAUCUGUACGACUGUGAUCUAGGACAGCGUUUCUCAAACUGGAGCCUGCUACGAUCUGAGAAAUUAAUUGUACCGUGGACCGAGCACUGUCUCUUGCAAGUCUUCUUGGCUAGAUCGUUAAAAGAUUUUGGUUUCUUCAUGAAUUUUUGGUUUAAUUUUAAAUUAUUAUGCACUCCAAGAAUGCAUGUCUGAGCUGAAUUUCGUAAUUUUAAAAUGAAUACAAAUCGUUGAAACGUGAAUACAUUUUUAAGAAAGUGUUUGAUAUUGUGUUUGUUCUACUCUUGGAAGUCUGUCUGAAUUAUCUCGUAUUUAGGGUGCGUGUGAAGAGACGAAAGUUUGAGAAACACUGGCGUAUGAGAUCCAGACUGCAGGACGACGCGUGGGUCAGGUUGAAGAUGUUGAAGCAGUGGUAACAGAAUGGACAACCGUGGCGUACACGAACUGUAAUUUUAUUGCUUCGUAUGAACCCUUUCAUGUACAAACGUAACGUCUGUUAUUAUUCUGUUUGAACUAAUUUACAUAAUUUUCUGUAUCUCGGAAACUCCGGAUCCAUUUUAAACUUUGAGUACGUAUGCACGUGUGACGCACAUACGGAAUCAAUUAAUUUCGUUGGUAUUAGAGAGUAAUACUCUUGAUUCUAUAAUAAAAUUCAAUAAAAAAUAGCAUCGAAAGAAAUCAGUUAUAUUUGUCGCGCACUUGUAGAUCACGUAACUGUGAAAGCGGGAAAUAAAACAAACCGACUGUAACUGUUGUGUAAAGAGCCGGAUUUGACAAUGGGGAAAAUAUACGCUGUUGCUAAAUUCGAUUCGAGAAUUAAAUCAUGGAAUUUAGAGUGAAAUCGAAACAGUUAGAUUACACGGUGGAAUUCGUACCCUGUUACGUCAACGCUUUCACCCCAAUUUAACGGGAAAUCCGCUUACACGUUGACUGACACAUCGUCGAUCUUGGUACACAUUCGGUAUAAAGUCAACCCGAUGAAAGUUUUGUUUGGAUUGGACCCGGUUCGUCAAAUACUGGCCAAAUAAAAAAUGUAGAAGCACCACGAUCAGAGAUCGCUACGUUGAUUUACGCUAUCCGGUGCUAAAUCGAUCGCUUAAACAUUAAUGACGUUAGACGCUUACCCACAGAGAUGAACAAAAUUCUUAUUUUGAUUCGCAAAGUUUUCUUUGUUUUAUGUUAAAUAUAAAUUGGAAUUCGAAUGAUAGAAUUACAUUACAUUCGAUGUUGAAUGCAUAGAAACUAAUGUAUGAAAUGCAAAAGGUUAAUUUUACCCCCCGACUGUACGUAUUUCUAUUCGUAAUCGAUUAUUCUAUUAAAAUCGUGACCAUCUCUGACGAUUAACAGAACCCAGUGAGCAGGCACAAUGACGGAAACAACGACAACGGUUAAUAUCAUAGGUUUAAUAGGGUCGACGAUUAGAAGCGUUCUCGCCACCCCCGAUGCUAUUAACGGCGCCGCAUUAUCUCUCAAUGUAUAUAGCGAUUGUAAUUUAUACCUGUAUGUGUAAACGUAUUAUAAAUACACCCGUCGACACACGGGAAGCGACCAUUUUGUAUAUAAUUGUAUCAUAUAGCGUAACAACAAUGAGUACGAGUGCGAGGAUAAACGAGAAAUAUACAGCGAACGAGCGAGAGGGAGAGAGUGGAGAUUGUGUAUAAGAAAAAAAGAUACCACUGUGAGUGUAAUUAUAUUGAUCAAUAGCAUAACGAGUAACGGAUGCAUAUUUGAUAUUGUGUGCCUGUAUCCUUUUGUAUGCUAACGAGAUAGACGAAAUAAAAAAAAAAACUAUACAUAUUAUAUUGUACUAAUCGCGACGUAGGGGAAACUACGAGUAAACGAGGUGUAACGUGCACACACACGAGUACACGCGAGAGGAACACGCGUACAGAACACACUCUUCCAUGCAUAUACGAACACAGACCAGACUAUCUUGUCCUGGGUGGACGAAAUAAAACUUUUAGCGAAGCGAAACCGAGUCGAUAAAUUCCCACAGUCCCACCGAUGAUUCGUUUUAUCCCUCCAUCCGAUACUCCUUUAUCCUCGUGAAUAAAUUGCUCCGAAGCUGGACAAAUUUUUUUUUUCCUCGAUACUUGUAACAGUUGAGAAGAAACAGUUGAAGCAGCACGGGAUCGUCAAAAGUUAUCGAUCAGGUAACGCCAUGACUAUAGAGUACAGAUUUAUAUAAACACAUCUGAAAAAUUUCACGUAGAAUCUCCGCAAGGACAUUAAUCAUCG